AUGGUUGACCGUGCAUGGAAAAAUGGGCCCCAUUUGUGGAGCUGCCUGGCUUAUACCGAUUUGACCUAUACAUGCGUAAACGGAGUGAGGAACGACGAUCGUUUGGUGCAUUCCAUCAUGAACGUGCCAGGCGUAGCCGCGGUCGUUCAGUCGAUCAUGCGGCCUGGUCUGCUCGUUCCGCAUCUUCGUGUAGCAUGUGUGUACUUUCGAUCAACUUACCCAGCGAUUUCACAUCUAAAUUGGAAACAAAUGUAUGCGUCAGGUGCACGGUACAUUGUAUUUGACAAGGAUAAUUGUCUCACCGUGCCUCAUAAGGACGCACUAGCGGAGCCACUUGAGGCAGCAUGGAACGAGUGCUGCGCUGUCUUUGGUUCCGACAACAUCCUGCUAGUGAGCAAUUCGGCUGGUUCAAGCUCUGAUCCACAGGGACUGGGUGCUGAGUCUGUAUCAUCGCACCUGGGAGUCCCAGUCCUAUGCCACACUACAAAGAAGCCGGGAAGUGCAUGUGUCCGACAAGUCGUGGAGCAUUUCCAGUCAUUGUCGCUCCGGCGGGCAGAACCGGCGUUGCCAUUGCAUGUCUUGGUGGUGGGCGAUCGAAUCAGCACAGACAUGGUGUUUUCUCAUCGUAUAGCUCGUCAAUUACGAGAAGCGGACCAACGAGCUCAGUGCACAAGCAUUCUCACGACACAGCUUUGGGGUCGUGAGAGCUUGUUCACGACAGCACUUCGUGCCCUCGAAUCUAGUGUGCUUCGUCAGCUUGCUCGCAUUGGCAUUCCUCCUGGUGGGUCAUGGUAUGAUCAACGAAUGUCACCAUCAUCAGCUCUUCAUGAUUGGAUCUCUAUACCAGCGGUCCCAACAUCAUCGGAGUCUGUGCUACCGUCGCCUCAGCGCUCUUCAUGGGUACAAGCUAUUCGUUCACGUACAAUUGACCCAUUAAAACGGUCCUGGCUGGCUAUGACACAUGAACUAUUUACAAGUGUCAGGCAUAUUCGUCAACUGACAUGGUCCGUGUUUACGGCGGCGCCGACGAAACAGUGGCGUUCGUCCUGGCGUCAGCCGCACGGCCCGUCACAAAGUGCUCGGCAAUGGCCGCCGCCAUCAUGCACUCGUCGCAUAUCGACAUAUGCGCCUCGGUCCACAGAUGCACGCCGACCUUUGCCUAGAUCGCCACCGACGCAAAAAGCACAAACAGCACGAUCGUUAUCGUCCGCGUCAUCGCCACCACGCACUAGCACGCUCUUUGGGAUUCCUUGGACGAGAUGGGUUCUUGCGCUCAUGGCGCUCAUUCUGUUGCCUACGGGCUUUAUUGGAGGGAUCAAGCUGAAUGAACUUGUAGACUGGUGGCGAUCAGGCGACCUGUCGCAUGAAGGCGAGGAUCUAAGCACGAUUCCCCAGCCAGAGGUUCAGGAAGCAGUGGAUGCAUCUCUGUCGCACGAGUCACGCACGCAGCAGCGGAAAAAGAUCAUGAGUCUGGAGCUUGAGCAUUUUCACUUGCGCCGCGAGCGCGAACGCAUUGUAGACAAGCUUGGUCGAUUGAAUGAACGGCACGAAGCAAGCAAACAGAUCUAG